GCUUCAACUUCGAUGCUACCCCAACAGUGCAAAGCGUUUGUGUUCACCUCAGCUACAACUGCUGUGCAGUCCCAUUGCUAUCGUUCGCAGAAAAGCUGCCUGAAUUGGUUUGUUAACCGCUUGUGCAUUUGCCAAUCAUCCUUCGCAACGUUACAUUUCGUCAUUCGUUCAGAUUCCUCUCUACCUCUGUGAUAGAUCGCGUGCUCCGCACCUCUCGGACUGCUGUUAUUGGCGACCAAGUGCUGGAAGUCAGAGCGAGCAGGAGUCCAGGAAGAGUGCGAUCUUGACGGAGGAAAAUAUUCAGAGUUGUCUUAGAUACGCAUACUGCUACAACCAUGUCGACGCCAGUGGGGGAGCGGCCAGAGCCGACAUACUCUCAUCCGUCGUUUAGCAUCAGUAAUGCAAGUCAAGAUCAAGAGAGGCCUAGCUUCGAACAUCCAUCGCUACCCUCAUAUAACGUCAACAAUCAACAGCGCAAUGCGAGUCACGACAAAUCAUCGGACGAAGAAGGGACGGUUGUCGGAGAUUUCGAGAAUAUACCCAUCAAUAGCGAGCAUGACAAGCCGAUCAAUGCACCAAAUCAAAAGGAGAACUUCCCGCCAAUCACCGCCAGACUGCGAGCGAACAGCCACCUGACUGUGCAGACAGCGACGGACUAUGAGCCAGGCGAUCCGCUCCGAUCCAUCGGCUCACCAUCGCAAACCCGCGAGCAGGCUCACAGACUGGAUGACGACCUCGCGCUGCUCAAGAUCGAGCGGCAGGUCUCUCGGCAAGCGGAAGAGGAGGCCAUGUCUCGAACACGGAGUCAAGAUGAAGACAUGUACCGCUCGAAGUCGCGCAGGCGCGAAGAUCAUGUUGACGAGUUCGACGUUGCCACCAACCCAGUGCACGAGAAGACGCAGGUCUAUAAGCCUGUCGAGCAUCCGAGCACCGGCUUUGCGAAGUUUGUGAAACAGCUGCAUGCCACGAAUUGGCUCGUCCGAUAUGUGGUCUACAUCUCCCCACUGACUCUAAUCCUACUCAUUCCCCUACUGCUCGGCUCUCUGGUGUUCAAGCAGGCCACGGUCGGUGGCGUGUACCUUCAGUGGUUCAUGAUCUGGCUAGAAAUUGUUUGGCUGAGCCUGUGGGCAGGCCGCAUUCUCGCGAAGUGCCUGCCUUGGCCCAUUGGCGUUUGCACCAGCUUGUUCACAAACAACAGCAAAAAGUGGCGCGAUAUGGGUAAAGAACUUGAACUUCCAGCGACGUUGUUCUUCUGGUGGCUGGCCAUCGAGGUGUCCUUCCUGCCGACAAUGCUCCACCAUCAGAAGAAGUGGCCCGCCAGUCACACGGCCUCCUGGAUGGUGACGAUGAACAAGGUUCUCGUUUCGCUUUUCGUUGCUGCUAUCCUCAAUUUCUGCGAAAAGAUCAUCAUCCAGCUUAUCGCCAUCAGCUUUCAUCUGCGGACAUACGCCGACCGGAUCGAGCUCAACAAGUUUCAGAUCGGCUCGCUCGCGAAGCUGUACAAGUUCUCGAAGGAGAAGAUUGCGAUGGAAGACUACGAGUUUGAGGCGCCGUCAGUUGGUCCUGCGUCAGGUGCACGCACGCCGGGCGCACUGAUUUCGAGCACCGCAAAGACGACUAAACAAGCAUUCACGAAAUUUGGCGACAUAGCUGGCAGGGUCGCCGGUGAUUUCACCGGCAAGCAAACGAAGAAAAGCUCGCAUCCCCACCAGGUCGUGCUCGCUCUGAUUGCAAGCACGACUGGGGCACAGGUGCUAGCUCGCCGACUGUACCGAACCUUCGCUCGCGAAGAGACUGAAACAGUGUAUUCUGAUGAUCUCAAGAAUGCCUUCGAUACCGACGAAGAAGCAGAGGCGGCUUUUAGCAUGUUCGAUAAGGACAUGAAUGGCGACAUCUCUAUGGAAGAACUCGAAGCCGUCUGUGUGGAGAUCGGCCGUGAGCGCAAAUCUAUCACAGCUUCGUUGAAGGAUUUGGACUCGGUAGUCGCGAAGCUGGACGAUGUCUUCAUGUUCAUCGUCUUCAUCAUUACGAUCCUGGUCUUCAUCUCUCUAAUCUCGACGUCGGCUGCUGGUGUCUUGACGUCCGCGGGUUCUACGGUGCUGGCACUCUCUUGGCUCUUCUCGGCGACAGCUCAGGAAUUCCUGCAAUCAUGCAUCUUCGUCUUCGUCAAGCAUCCUUUUGACGUUGGCGACCGUGUAGGCAUCUACGGCAACACCGGUGCGCUUGGCCGUGGAGAUGACUACUUUGUAAAGGAGAUCAGUUUGCUCUAUACAGAGUUCAAGAAGAUGGAAGGUCACGUCGUGCAAGCGCCGAACAGCUACCUCAACACCCUUUUCAUCCUUAACCAGCGUCGCUCAGGUGGUCUGGCGGAGGCCGUCAGCAUCACUAUCAAGUUCGGUACCACACUCGAGCAGAUUGAUGGCUUGCGGACGAAGCUUCUCGACUUCGUAAAGGCCGAGAAGCGUGAGUAUCAAGGCAAUAUCCUGACCGAGCUCCGCGACCUUGUUGAAGUACACAGCAUGAACAUGAACGUAGUGUUCUUCUACAAGUCAAACUGGCAGAAUGAAGGUCUCCGUCUGGCUCGCAGGAACAAGUUCAUCUGUGCAAUGAUGGUGGCGAUGCAGGAGCUUGGCAUCGAGGGACCGAACAUGCGCUUUGCUGGCCAAAAGCAGAGCUUCCCGGUGUACUUGCAGAACGUACCAUACGCGCAGGUACCGGGCAUGGGCCAGUCUGGACAGCCGGACGCACCAGGUGGCAUCUAUCCUGGCGAACAGCGGGAGGAGGGACUGCAGAAUCCUCCUUUCGUCGCUGCCGUCCCCGGUCGAGAGGAGACAACAGGCUCUCAAGCGCCACACUCUAGCAUGCGAAGCGGGUCGGUUAUGAAGCACGCUCGUCCACGUGGCGAAAGUUUGUCGCAGAUGAACAAGCGUGUCGACUUCAGUCUUGGCGCGAGUGGCAUGGCUUCCGGCGAUUAUGCGGGUGACGUAUAUGCGGACCGAGACAGGUCACGGAUACCAAUCGAGAUUAUGGAAGCUUCGGAGUCGAGGUCUCGUGAGCGCGCAGCGGCUCAGAACCCGCCGAGGGCAAGCAAUGACCUCGCGCGUUCGACAUCGCGGGAUGUGCCACACUUCACACCAGGAAACCUUGCCCGCAGAUCGACAGACAGCGGCAGCCGAUGGGGUCAGCGCGGCGGCAGCGUCCAUCGCAACCGGUUCUUCGGCCGCGGUAGCAAUCUCCGCUCUGGCACCGGCGACGACGUUGGCCUGAUGGAGAACGGCAUAAUGGCCGACAUUCCCGAGUAUCCGUCGGCUUCCGAUAGCGCGCCUCAAAGUCUGGGCGAGGGACGCAACAAUGAACGAUUGGAUCCGCGGUCAGGCAUGAUUAGCCCGGCUGCGUGGAGGAUGAACACAAAUGAGAGCAAUCUUCACCCGCCUACGCCCGCUACGCCUGCAGCGAGCGGCGCCCUGCGUGAUACGACAAAUGUGCCAGAGGGUCAUAGGCCGGUAGGACGGAGCCAGACGGAAGAUUUGGAGAUGAGGAGGUUCCAUUGAGCUGUGGUGGCAAAGAAUCUGCACAGGAUAUUAUUCUGUAAAUGGCGAACGGUACGACGGGUCACGGUGAUGGUUCAUAAUUAGGAAGGUAUUCACGAAGAUAGAGAUAGAGCAUACAAAGGCGUUGGCGAUAUGUAGGUCUAUCGGCAUUGGAUGCAUGCGGAUUGGCACGUUUGGCAAGAGAGUGCACCGUUGUGUGCUGCCAACGUAGUCUCAAGGCUGUACAAACGAACCUAGAACAUUCAUAACGAGUGAUGGGAGCAGGAACCACUGCCGCCGUCCAAAGCGAC